AUGGACUGUCAGGACAACAAGUUCACCAGUAUCGUAACCAAAGAGGACAUCCGCAUCAAGCCUAUCCAAGGCCCACCAAUAAGCCGUGGUGUUGACAAAGUCCUCUAUACCUGCAAAUCUCUUAACCCAGAAAGUUUCGAGGUUGCAAGAAAAACAAUCCGCAUUGUGAGUGACAACGGAUACACAAGCGAUAGUGAUAACCCGGUUAAGGCAGAAACCGAUGAGUUGGAACAGCUCGAUCACCAGCAUUGUGUUCGCUUCGUCGAUGCAUACAAGGCCGACAGCGCCGACCAAGGAAGGCGAAUCUACAUCUUGACGAGCCCAGUCGCCGAGACGGAUCUUGGAGCACUUUUAGAGAGUGUCUUGAGCCAAUGUAAGCCCAACGAGAUCCCUUCCUUGUUCCGAUGCUUGAUCAACGGAUUGAACUAUAUCCACGGCAAAGGGACAGUGCAUAUGGACGUAAAGCCGAGCAAUAUUUUGCUCCUGCGAGGACAUGUCUACUUCACCGACUUUGGAGCAGCGGUCAAGGGUCCCAAGCCAGGCGACCGAAUAACUGAGCGAGGUGUGCCUAGGACACGAACAGAAGCGUACUGCGCCCCCGAAGUGGAAGCAGGACAUCAGCCACAGACGUCUGCAGAUAUCUUCUCCCUCGGCGCAGUAUUUCUGGAAUGCCUAACUGUCUGUUGCGAUCCCGGUUACUUCAAGAGGUUUAAGGGAGCAUACGAGGGCGGAGACCAUGACGACGAGUUUUCUUGGGCAGGGUGCCAUGCAGAAGUCCUUGAAAAGGCGGGACAGAACGUUGACAAAAAGAAUUCAGGAUCAUGGUCUAAGUUCAAGUCUAUGCUGCUUCUAUGCCAGUUAAUGAUGAGCCCCAUAGGAAGCCAACGGCCUUCGGCAUCCGCUCUCUUUCAGUGUUGGACGUAUGCAGACUGCCUCGGACUGCCAAAGUCACUGUGCAGCUCGGAGGAGUGCAGAAGCGUCACGACCUUCCAGAAUCUUGACGAAGCGCUACAAGAGGCCCUGGUGGCUGGCCACUGGCUAGCAGCUGAAUUGCUCUGUCAUGCUGGAGCGGACGUGAAUACCAGAUGGAAUGUGCAAGGUCACGCAUCCUGGGAUGGUACUGGAACUCUUCUACAUCUUGCGGCCUCCCAAGGGAAUACCAGAUUCCUCACCUUCCUCCUAGACCAAGGGAUCGGAGUCAACGAGGCCGACUCUAGAGGUUCGACGCCACUGUAUAUUGCGGUCGGAAACGGCGACGAGGACAUGAUCAACGCACUGUUAGAGCGAAAACCCAAGAUCAAUGCCGUGAACGACCGGCUAAAAACACCACUAGAUGUGGCAAACGGGGAAAAGCGCCGAAGCAUAAUCAGCUUACUACAGAGGGAAGGCGCCGUCAGAGGCGAUAUGGUUUGUGACGAAGAUUCAGCCAAAGCAUGCCGUGGAUAG